GACAAACCAGAAUAAAAACCGUUACAAAUUUCUCGAAGCCGCAGCAGCUUAAGCCUCGCAGGGCAGUCUCGGUUCACUUGUCGUCCGGGAAGUUUAUCCUUCUUUACUAACGUACGUCAAACGACGAAACUCACCUCGAAAUAUCAUUGCUUAAGGCACUUUUGAGCCGCGUUCAUCACCAUGAAGAUCGUUCACCUUGGUAUACUCGUGUUUUUCUGCGUUCAACGGCAGCAGUCGAAUGCCGCGGUCGUUAGAAAGCAGCCCGCAUUCUCAACGCCGGUUUACUCGCCCGCUUAUCUUCCGGGAGCCAUGCAGGUGAUAUUCCACGCCGUGAGUCAAUUGAAGGACAUGCAAGUCGAGGAACUCGAAAACCCGACUCCUGCACCAACGACGACAGCGAAGGUGGACGUAGAGGCGACGAGUCCCCACGCGCCAGGGCAGCAUCAGCCUGUUUUUCAAAACCCUUCAAACACCUCGACGACUUACGGUGCUCAAUCGGAUAACGAAGCAUCGACAGGAUCGGUAGGGUCGAUCGAAAGUUCACCGGCGCCGGCAGUGGCGCUGUCAUCCGAUGGAAUCUCGACGGCGUCGCCUGCCGAUCCAACCGAACUUUCGGCCACAACGAGCGAGAAUAGCGAGGACGCCAACGAGGUCAAAGCUCAAAGCUUCGGCGGAACAACGGCGCGAAUAGAGGCCGAGACGCCGGAGGAAAACUACGCGACACCGGAGGUCAAUCACGAGGUCCAGGAACCCGUUGAAGAGGGCCAAGAACCUGUGCAGGAAGCGGUCGAAACGAACCAAGAAACGCUCGAAAACAAUGACGAUUACGUGAAUUCCUCCCCGUCCGAUGGAGCCAAGGAGUCUGACGUUCCCUCGGUCACCCUGGCAGAGCAGGAAGACAAAACGGACGAUGAUUCGUCAGAGGAAUCGGACGAGAAGAAAAAUUCUUCGGAAGAAUCGGAUGAGAAAAAGUCCUCGAACGGAUCGAAAGACGACAGCGACGACGAUUCGAGGAGCUUGGAAGAAACUAAGCAGGAUAAAAUCGACAGUUCCGAAGAGGAAGACGAAGAAAUCAGAUUCACAAUGAUCGGCGAAAAAGUAUCGCAAGUCCCACGACCAAGUUUGACGAACUAUCUGAGAAAAACAGCAAAAUUUCCACUCCGAAAUUCAACGCAAGAACUGGCGUCUCUCUACGACGCCCUGAGUAAAGACGCGAGAAGACAAGGUUUUGCCCAAUACUCCGGAUAUUCCGACGAGGUCCUCCAAACUCUAAAAUCCUCAAGCGAAGGUGGAGUCGGCCCGCAGAUACGAACUCUUCUAGAAAAAACGUUAGAAAGAAAGGAACUUACGAGGGACGAUGCGAAGGCUAAACUCUUGUUGACUCUCAAAAACUUGCGCGAUCCUUCCACCGUUCUCAACCGGGAUCUCCGGCGCUUAGUACCUUUACGCUACCUCGCUUAAUCCAUGUCUAAAUAUUUUUGUACUCGCUUAUUUACGAUUUUUUUCCUCAGUUUACUCCAAUUGAGGAUUUUCAACUCGAAAUCGUGCUGUUCGGAGCUUGAGACUGUAUCUUACACUUGUGUUAACGCAAUGAUUUACUCGACCAUUGAUCAAUAAAAUCUCAUUACUUACGAUGAAAAUGCAUCCUUUCACAAA